AGCAAGCAAAGCAGGCCGGCACGCACCCGCAAGUCCUCACCUCCCCAACCCCAACUCCCGCGAGGGCGCGAGAUCUCCCCCGCUCCCUCCCCCCAGAUCCGCCUCGCCGACACCGCCCGCCCGCCGCGCCGCCGACGCCGCGCCGCCAUGUCGCACAACUACGGGGACACGAUCCCGCUGCAUCCGUCGUCGGCGCAGUCCGACAUGGACGAGAUCGAGAGCCUCAUGUACGACGCGCCCUCCGCCACCGUCCUCCCCGCGCGGCCGCCCUCCCCGCCGCGCGCCUCCAUCCCCAUCUCCACCUCGCCUCCCCCGCCGUCCUCCAAGCCGCCCCUCCCCGCCUCCUCCGUCCCCAUCUUCGUGCCCCAGGGGCCGACCCCCGCCCCGCCCGCGUCCGUCUCCGUCGCCAUCGGCUCGGAAGGCUUCGGGCCCCCGCCCAACACGCUCACCGAGCCCGUCUGGGACACCGUCAAGCGCGACCUCGCCCGCAUCGUCAGCAACCUCAAGCUUGUCGUCUUCCCCAACCCCAACCGCGAGGAUCCCGGCAAGGCGCUCAGGGACUGGGACCUCUGGGGCCCCUUCUUCUUCAUCGUCUUCCUCGGCCUCACACUGUCCUGGUCCGCCUCUGUUAAGAAGUCUGAAGUAUUUGCUGUCGCAUUCGCUGUGCUGGCAGCUGGGGCUAUAAUCUUAACUCUAAAUGUUCUGCUUCUGGGUGGGCACAUCAUCUUCUUCCAAAGCCUCAGUCUCCUUGGCUAUUGUUUGUUUCCUCUGGAUGUUGGGGCCCUCAUUUGCUUGCUGAAGGACAAUGUCAUACUAAAGAUCAUCGUCGUGACAGUCACACUGGCGUGGAGCUCCUGGGCUGCCUACCCAUUCAUGAGCGCUGCUGUGAACCCAAGGAGAAAGGCUCUGGCCAUCUAUCCCGUAUUCCUCAUGUACAUCUCGGUGGGGUUCCUCAUAAUUGCCAUAGAUUAGCCCCUGGGGUGAGCAAUGUAGUAACAUCUGAAAUGUUGAGAUUUUCCCCGUUGCACCGGCGGAACGUAUACAGGCUUGAAUAUACUCUGUCCCCCCUAUGGAGCCCUUUUGGAUUGUUCUGUUGAGAACCUGGCCUUCACAUGAGCAAGAGACAGAAGGCUGUAAAAUUAGUUGAAAAUUAAUUAUAUAUGUUGGUCUACUGUUGUAAA